GCGUCAGCGGAAGAAUAUAAAUGGCUGAUUAGCGACCCGUCGAUGGCUUUAAGUUUAUGUUCUUAAGUCUUGAGCUCUGCUUAGACUGUUGUUUUCUUGUUAGUUGAAUUAUGGACGCGGUACAGAGACACAGAUCCAUGUAUAAAGGCACGACUCCACCAUGGAAAGAAACAUACCGGAAGCGCUGUGUGGAGCGUCUGAAGAACAGUCGCUCUCGGCUGCUGGAGAAGUUCAGACAGAUGAGUGACGUCUCUGGAAACUGCAAGCGUUCUCUGCUGGUGCAGGAGGUGAUGGAGGAGGAGUGGAGCGCUUUACAGUCCAGCCACAGCCUGCCCUCACUUUGGGACGGAAACCCCAUCCCAGAUGUUUACACACAACAGCAAGAGUUUGACGAACUUUCAGCAUUUGAGGAAAUUCAGCAGGAGCUUAUUGCACAAGAGCUCGCAAUUCUAGAGGAGUAUAAUAACAGCAUGCGGUAUGAAGAGCAGUAUUUAGAUUCAGUGUUGGAGGGAAUGGAUCAAGGUGGACAGAUCAUCUGCCCUAUAUGUCAUGCGAAUAAUCUGACCGUCAACAGUCAUUUUACAAUGUGUUCAUGUGGCCUUUAUGUCAACACUAUUGGUAGAAACGUCACAUUGGAGGUUUUGCAGAAUCUUCUAGAAAGACGAGUGAAUGAGCACAUGGAGGACUGUCUUCACAACCCCAGCUUCUCCAUGGCCUUUAACACCGACCAAUCAACAAACCUCAUGAUCAGCUGCAAGGUGUGUGAUUACCUGUCUGUGGUCGUGUGAGCGGUUCAUCCACAAUGAAGAGUCUGAUGGGUGGCUUUUAAAUGUUCUGAAUAUUUCUGUGAAAUAAAGGAUUAUUUUUAAACUAU